GACUGUCUUUUGUCCCAUCUAACCCCACCACACCCCCGCCCACGCUGCUCCCACGCCCACACCACCCACGGGUAUAAAGAGACAAGCAGGCGUGGUGGAGGCGCAUAUCGUCAACUAAAGAGUGUCCAGAUGGCUUCUCUCAUUCAGGUCUUCCUCGCCGGGGUGCUGCUGGUGGGCUUCGUGGCGGCUGCUCCUGUGGCUGACCGUUACUUCUACAGCAGCGGUGGCUACAAGGGCGAGGAACCUGGCGAUUAUCCCAUCGACGAUUAUUCACACCACGUCCCAACCUACGGGGAACCUGAGUAUCCCUCCUUCGAUGAUGGUGGUUUAGUCGUAGAUUAUGUCGAGACAGCAUAUGAGACAAACGCCGGGAAACUUCCCUUCUCCCACGAUGACGACCAGGGCCACUCCUCUACCUUCGACGGCCUUAAACACGCCUCCCCGCACCACGAACUAGCUGCGGAACACGAGGUCCCGCUGUCCGCCCACGAGGACGCUGUAACAGAAAACCACGAGGCCGAGGACUCCCAGCACGAGGAUACAGAGUUCUCUUCAGUGACUGAGGCCCCGAGCCACUCCUUCCUACCAUCCUUCCCUGAGCCGGAGCCUGAGAUUCCCUCCACUCACGACACUGCCCACGAGGAGGAGGAGGAGGAGGAUCAUGGGAGUUUUAGCCGCCAUUAGUCAACACACCACUAAUUCCUUCCCUGUCCAUCACCACGAGCAGGAGGCGGCGGUCACUCAUCCACGCACUAACCAGACCCAAAGCUUUUUAAUCUCACUGAUCCAAUAACAAGCCGUGUAUUCAAUAUGGAGUCUGCCUUAGCCUUCCACCACGACGAGGACGCUCAAGACCACGCCUAACUCUCUGUAAGCGAAAGAAUCAUAGCCUAAAUGAAGUGGAAUACCAAAACACCCUUCUGUCCCUCCUUCAUUCAACAAGUACUAGUGGAAAACGCGCAAAGAGUCACAUCCCAGCUAUACCAGCCUCACAAAUCACUGCCAAGGACUACAAAAUUUAAUGUUAUCUCCCACAAACCGGAAACUGCCGUGACAGAACCCAAACAUCGGACAGCACUCUGAAACACCUCCACUACACACCUUCAUUCCAAGACUGUAGUUGAAAUGACGCGGGUUUUCCAGGGUGUCUUUAGGGUUCCAGUGAAAGACUAACCACAUUUCUACAUGAUGAAUAGGACAAACACUCUUGAGAACCUGGCCACUCUUCCCUGUGGCCUUUGAAAAUAGUCGUGAUGAGAAGUAUAAAGCGAUUCACCACACCAAACUCUUCGGCUUGAUUGAGCUGCAUUUCUGAGCCGCUGGAAUAGUAAAGGGGAAACAACCACCUUCACACACACCUUACACCUUACCACACACCACACGCAGACAAUAACAAGUGUGUGUGUGUGUGUGUGUGUGUGUGUGUGCGUGCGUUGACAGUCCCGUUACUCACUUUGAUUUCAUUUUGGUUGAGUUUUUUAAGAUACAAAUAUUAGAGAAAGUGUUCACGGUAGCCAAAACACUGUCACCAUUUAUCGUAUAGCUAGUAGUUGUGAUCCCUUUGUUGUUCAUUGCAUUGGUGACUGUUUUGGUGCCUUACAAAUCAUCUUGUUUAAUUGUUUGUUGUGAAAAAUGUUUAUAUGUGGUUUCAUCUGGAUUGUUACUCUUUGUUUGUUUGUUUGUUUGUAUAUGUUUUACUAGUUAGUUCAAUUUGUUGUUGUUUUGUUCCUGUUCUGUUUAUUUCAUUUGAAGUUUUCCCUUGUUUGUUUGUCUGUUUGUUUUUUAUCUGUAUUUUUCAUGUAUAUCUCUGAAGAACACCAUGAUAUUAUACAUUAUUAAAACAGAUUCGGCGAAAGUA